UUCACGUUCCUCCCUUCACAAAAGAUCAAAAUCCGUUCAUAUUUUCUAGAGAGAGAGAGAGAGAGAGAGAGAAACAAUGGCAGGAAUCGUUCACAAGAUUGGAGACGCCCUCCACAUAGGAGGAGGAGGUAACGAGCACAAGAAAGACGAGGAGUACAAGAAGGAAGGUGAGCACCACAAGGACAAGAAAGACGAGCACCACAAGGACAAGAAAGACGAACACCACAAGAAAGACGGCGAUCACAAAGAGAAAGACAAAGACGACAAGAAGAAGAAGAAGAAGAAGGACAAGAAGAAGGAUGGCCAUGACAGCAGCAGCAGCGACAGCGACUAAUCUAUAAUAUUCUGGUAA